UCACUUCUCCCCCUUCUUUCACACUAAAGGAUGAAGCCUAUAAUCGCCGUCCCCGCGAUUGCCGCGCUGGUCUUCCGCGCAUGGUCUAAGAAGUCGUUGACGCCCGCCGGCAUCGUGGCCGCGCUGCUGACAGCCAUCGCCCACGCCGUGCACCCAUGGAACGCGCCAUUCGCGCUGCUGUGCGUCUUCUUCCUCGCCGGCACCGGCGUCACCAAGGUCAACCACGACGUCAAGGCCCGCCUCACGCACUCCUCCUCCGGCUCGCCGGGCGGCGAGGGCCCUCGCACCCAUAUCCAGGUCCUCGCGAACUCGGCUGUCGCUUCCGUCUUGAUACUGCUGCACGCCUGGCAGCUGUCGCGCGAGCCCGACCCGGUCACGGCGGCGCAGUGCUGGCCGCGCGGCAGCGACGUGCUGAUCGUGGGCAUUGUAGCCAACUACGCCGCCGUCGCAGCCGACACCUUCUCCAGCGAGCUCGGCAUCCUCUCGCGCACGCCUCCGCGCCUCAUCACCGCGCCGUGGCGCACCGUCCCGCGCGGCACCAACGGCGGUGUCAGCGACAUCGGCUUCGCGACGGGGCUGAUGGGCUCGCUGUUGCUGGCGGGGACGGCGACGCUGCUGUUGCCCUUCUGCUCGCCGGCCUGGGACCCCAAGGCGCGCUUCGGCUUCACGAUGUUGAUGACGUUUGCGGGGCUGUGCGGCACCGUCAUCGACAGCCUGCUCGGCGCCGUGCUGCAGGCCAGCGUCGUCGACACGCGCACCGGCAAGGUCGUCGAGGGCGAUGGCGGCCGCAAGGUCAAGGUCCACAGCGCGGGCUCUGCCCACUUGAAGCAGAGGGCUGUCGUGCGCGAGGCGUUGACCGGCGAUGCCAAGGAAGGGGACGAUCCCGUCGCCCAGUCGUCCGGCGUCGCGGCCCCUCGCACUGAGGCGGAUGGCGCGCGUCACCGCGCUGCGGAGAAGGCGGGCAGCGUGCUGCCUGGCCCGGAUGAUGGCGAGAGCAGGCGCGUCGUUGUCGGGUGGGACGUGCUGAGCAACAAUGGCGUUAAUAUCGUCAUGGCGGCUUUGGUGAGCGGGGGGUCGAUGGCGGCGGCGGCGUGGACGUGGGGUCUGCAGCCUGCUGAUGUGUUGGCUGGGUUGUUGUAGGGGGGCAUGGUCUUGAUGGUGGGAGCACCGUCUUGCUGAUGGUGAUGCGGAGGGCUGAUUUGCUCCGUUGCUCGACCCGGCUCGGUAUGGUAUGGUUGGCUUUCAUGAUGUCUCACGACUCAAAAUGACAAAAAGUUAAUUGUUCUACGUCCUUUUCUUUGUCAUUCUCCCAUUUUUCCUCUCUGGCCUCUUCUCUAAAGUCUCUUUCUUGCGUCUCGUUACUUGUUUUCCUCUCUUUCUUAUCUCCCUCCCUCUUCCACUUACCCAUAUGCCUAUCCAUGUUUCGACACUGCAACCUCUCAGCUUCUUA